GUCACCUUGUGCGCAAACAUUUGUCUAACUGAACCCAAAUCCCAUUCCGAAGUAGUCAACAUCUCCAUCACUGAGUCUAACGCCACCUUGGAAGUCGUGGAAGAAACCGUGCAACCUGUUGAGGCUGUCCAUUCUCAAUCUAGCCAAAUGGUAGAACUGGCAAUGUACGAUAGGGAUUUUGCCAGUCCGGAGUCCAGUUCUGAACAUCCUCGAACACCGGAUUCGCAAAUUUCUUCUAACGGCGACCCUCAGGAUGCUCUGAGUUUUCCUCCGGGUUACUUCAAUGAUCCUUCGAACGACAUAUACGAGGAUAACCCAGAGGAGUUGAAUGGAACCAUGCUCCCUAAAGUCCUCAUUCCUAGCGACUUAUGGGCGGAAGCAGUGGAUCAAGAUAUCUGGCACGAGACCUUUUGCGUUCCUGCCCAUAUGGGUGGCGUUCUGAUCGGGCGAUUGGGAAAAAAUGUCCGUGAACUGAAAAACAUUUGGCAAGCGGAGUUUUCCCUGAAUACCUGUCCUGGUCGACAGGACACACUGAUUUUCAAACUCUCUUGUCCCAUCAAGCACAAAGACGAUGUUUUGCAAUGGGUUUCCAGACGCUUCCGCGAGGCCGUACCCGUCCAUGUUCGCAGUCUUUAUGCUUCCAAGGAGUUCUUUGUCACAAUUCGCGAUGAAGAAUAUUCCAAGUAUCUGAAGAUGCAGAGCGAACUGGAUGCAGACUACUCGUCAGCCACUGGCUUUCGUAUACAGCUCUGUGAGCCAGUCACGUCCGGUACAGUCGCGGUAGUUCCCCACAGCCAAGGUUUUGCAAGAGCCCUUGUGAUCAGUGUCUAUUCAACGUGGCCAAAAAGCGUGUUCUAUUUCCUUUUAGAUCACGGAAUUUUCGGCGUUGUUGCACUCAACAAACUGCGAAAGAUAAGCGUUGAGGUGGAUAUUGAAAAAGACACUAAAGGUGAUCUAAAUAUGGCUUGGAAAGAGUGUAAACUCUGCCGAAUGGAACGACAGUCAGACUACGUUGGCUUCAUGAUUGGAGACCCACGGUUAUGGUCUAAUUUGAUAAAAUACCGUAAACUUGAGCUUGCAGCCAGAACUAUGACGGCAGUUCCCGGGGUCUCCGGGUUUUUUCGCUGGUGA